UGUAUUCAAGACACCAGUAUGCCUGGUCAUUUGCAGCAGUGAUACAGCAAGAGACCCAUAGUGGGGUUCUUGAGCCCUUGUUCUCGUCCUAGAUGUGUUAGCAAGAAGUUCGACCUUGGAUGAGUCACUUGCCCUCUCUGGACUUCUGUUUUCUUAUCUGUCACAUGGAGUAUAAAGAGAGCUCGACAGUAUGAUGAAGACAGGAGUAGGUUUCUGAGGGACACAGUGAAAUCUUUUUUCCUGUAAGGCUGGAUCAGCCACACAAAAUAAGCCUCAGCCUGUUCUUAUAAAGAAAUUAGGAUAGAUUUAAAAGAAAACAUGAGAAGCAAGAAAUACUGCAAAAAGCAAAACAACAAACUAAUAGUAGUUGGUACUAGAUUUACAACAUGAAUACUGUUUUUAUGCUUGCAAUUAGUGUAUUUGGUUGUCCAGCUGUCUUUACUGUAAAGUUGCUUGUUGUGCUUAGAAAAUAUGUAUUUCACCUGUGGACCCGAAUUUUUUCUUGUUUUUUGGCCUUCAAGCUUGGAGUGGACACUCAAGCUUGGAGUUGGAUUGGUCUUGCUGGGGUUUGUCUGGCGAACAUCCUCAGGGUCUCUCAUUGCAUAAUAUUACAGGUUCCUUCUGUCUGAUGCUGGGGUCCUUGUACAGCUAUGCGUCUGCCAUCUUUUCCAUUCUGGCUUGAGAAGUGGUGAGCUGGUUGCUCUCGUCUCUGGCAUGUCCAGACUUCUCAUUUCCUUUCAAAUGAGUGUAGUAAAAGGCAAGCAGUACCUUAGAUGCAGCACAUUAAAAAUUGCUCCAGGCAAUCAUGUGUGCCCCCUCCACCCUGCUCCUGUCCCCUAGACCCCCUGGGCAACUUCUCACUAGAACUUCCUGGUCAUAAGCUAGCUUUGACAUUUUGGAUGCUGAGGGCCAUCACAAAAAUGAAAUGACUUGACUGGGAUCACAUCACACAUUAAUGAUCAAGCCUUGGUGCUGGAAGAAGAGGAAUUUUUUUUUUUUUUUUUUAUCAUAACUGAAUGUUCCUGUUCUUGUCCAUUAGUAGCUUUCAAAAUCCAUAUUGGGUUUGACCACAUCAUUUUCAGUAAUCCUUUUUUUGUCAGCUUUUUGGAAGCUCCAGUUAGUGGUUAUCUCUGAGUUUGGGGUAGUGGUAUUUUAUUGUUAAACAAUUUUUUCAAAAAAAUUUCUUAAACUACUUUCGUUUUCAGACUAGAUGAAGUAGUGUUAAAAAUGGUAUCUUCUCCAACAAGUAAAGGCUUGAUUAAUUAGGUUGAGUCUUUAAAAUAUCUACUGUUUGUGUGUGUAUACGUUUUACUUUAAUUGAGAAGUAUUAAUCAAAAUUGUAAUCGUCACCAUUUGAGCCCCUGCCAUUGAGCAGGCAUUGUGAGGUAGGAGUGAGCAUCAUUUUACAGGAGAGAAAACAAAGCCAAGAGAUGGCACGACUCUGGUACAGCUGUUGUGCAUAAGUUGUGAUCUUUCAGUCCACCUACCAUUUUCUUAACAGUGGAAAAGGAAUUCUCAGCUAUCCUAUGGGGUUGUGCUAAAUGAGAUACUGUAUGUGAAGAGGAAUAAGUAAACUAUAACAGCCUCCCUACCGCAGCACAUUUUAACAUAAGCACUUGUGGACUCUGAAAGCAGCGUGGUGAAGUGGUAAGUUCAAGCGCCUUGGGAGUCUGGCAGGCCUGCGUGUAAAUAGUGAACCUACCGCCUGUCCUCUCUGAGCCUGGUUUCCACAUGUGUAAAAUCAGGAUAAUACUGUCUGUCUUGUAUUCAAUGAAAUGUACACGCUAAUUGCAGUGGGUGCUGAGUAAAGGUUGGCAUCCACUCCUUUCCCUUGCACACAAGUACUUGGAAUAAUGGGAUUGAGUAAGUCAGCAGUUGUCCUCAGGGGGAAAAGGCUUAAAGUACUUUUUGUACUUAUCAAUAAUUCUUCUGGCCUUUUUGCCUUCCCACCCCAAGCCCCAGCACGUGCAAUGAAUAUUCUAGGGCCUGUGAUUGUCUUGUCCAAGGGAAUUGAAAAAAUCAUAAGCCAGAAAGGACAGGUCUUUGAUAGAAAGUUGAAAAUGGAUGUAGCUGGUUUGUUUCCCUUUGCCCAUUUUGUGGCCUUCUUUCUUUUUUUUUAAAUUAAUUUUGUUGGACAGGGAAAAGAUACAGAAUUCAGGGGGUUCUAGCUGGAGGGGGACCCUGGAAGAGCCUAUAGUGUAGGGCAGCUAGAGGGAGGAGUGGGCUGGCUGACUGUCAAAGCUAGAGUUUGGUGUGGGGGAAAUUUCUGUUAGAUGCAGGAUUUGGCUAAAUAUGGGACCAAUUUCCAUCUAGUCCUUUAAGACCGUCUUUUGGGACUUUGAAGUUUUUGUGCUCCAGGCAGAUUUUGACUGGUUGUGGUGGCAUCACAAAUGAGUUUCCACAGUAAAUUGUAUGCUGAAAGGAAAUUAAAUUCCAAGAGGGUGUUUGUUGUGACUGAUGCCAGAAUUUCUCUGAGAAUUUUAUUAACAUUCAGUCUAUGAAAGUACUUCUUAGUUCUCUGAAGAUAAUAAUUAGGAAAUAGUUUUUAAAAAGUAGAAGUGUUGUCUUUGUGAGCUUUUGAAAUGUCAUCUUCCUAAAUCUUUGGAGCAAAUGAGGCUCAAAACAACAUAGAGGCUUAUAUUUUAAAAGCAUUUCUUCCUAAAUGUAAUAUUUUCCUUCUCUUCCUGUUCAUUCCCUCCUCCCACAUUAUUUUGAUAAUGAGUUAAUUUUGGUUUCUUUCACAUUGUGGUGGCCUGAUUUUUAAGUUUAUGACCCUUCAUUUUUAGAUCUUGCACGUAUUUCUUUUUUCCCUUGAGUCAAUUCUCAUUCAUUAUGAAGAGCUGGUAUAGCAAGGUGGGAAAGAGAGAGGACCCUGGAGCUAGGUUGGUGAGAUCUAGGCUCUUUAGAACUUGGAUUCAGUCCUCACAGUAGUUCUGGGAGGCUGAUCAUGCUAUCCCCAACACACAGAUGUGGAAAUGGGUGCAGAAACACAUGUGUGUUCACAUAGCCAGCAAGUGGUUAAUCUAAGUGUCACUGCAAUGAUCUGUAGGACUCCAAAGCCCAUACUUCCAGGUGGAAAGGCAGGCAGGGACCUUGCAUGCUGUGCCAGGGUUGGAACUUAGUCCUAUAGGCAGAGAAGGUCAGGUCUGUAUUCCAGAAAGGUAGCUCGGUGGCUGUCUAUAGUUUCGAAGUGAAGCAAAUAGAAAUCAGGAGGAGAGAAACUAGUUCAUUGAAGUAAUUGUCUUGAGAGAUGAUGAGGGCUUGAACGGAAGACAUUAAGAUAGUGACAGUGGUGGCAGAGAAGAGGGGACUUGUUGGAAUCCAUAGAGCUUAGUGCCUUUGGAUAUUAGAAUUGCGUCAUCCCUUCCCGUUUCAGGUCUGAUGCCCCAGGGAUGGGUGUUGGAGAUGCUGACUAUGUGCAGGCUAAAAGCAAUCUCUGCAGAAACCAGAAGUGCCGCCUUUGGUCUCUGCUAACAGCUAGAGAAAGGUGGCUGAGCACAGUCCGAAAGGGCCUUCCCUUCCCUGUGCCACCCCAGCCUUAUCAUUCCUAACUUUCCAGGAGCGUCGCAGAGGAUGGAAGUUGAAUUCCUCAGACUGCAUUUUGGGAAAUACUAGUUUGAGCAGUCAAGGUUAGAAGUGUGGAAGGGAAGACACCUUCCUUGGGUAUUGUCUGCACAUCCCUCUUCCCUGGUGGCACAGGGGACCCACCGGGGUUUGGUCCUCAGUUCUGGCUGUUCCAUAAAAGUUGAUCUACCCUAGAUGGGGUUAACUUGUGGUCACCAAACUUGCAGGGCUUGACUGGGAAGCAGGAGUGGCAGUGAACAUAAUGGCCAACCCUGAGAGGAGUGGAGGUCAGCCUCCUCAGACGGGUGCAGUCUCUGCGGGGCACCAAGCCAUGCUCAGGGAAGCGGGCAUCACAGCCCAGGGAGCUGGUUGGCUGGGGUCUGCAUGUUCUGUCAUCAGUAGGGAACACUGUUGCCACAUCAGGAGUAUACUGGUUUUCUGUCCUCUCCCCUAGUCAGUGCCAGACAUGGUAAUAAACUUGCUUUUGGGCUUCUGUUUUUCCAAAUUGUGCAAUAUCCCUGCCCUUCUGAGAGUUUGUGCUGGCUUUGGUCCGGCCGGAGGGCAGGUGGUCAGAUUCUGGCUUUAUUUGAGCUGUGUUCUCGCUGUGAGGAGGAAGCCAGGUUACCUCUGUUGGACCUGCCUGCUCUCAGCAUCUCCAGCCACAAGCUGUCUCUGCCGUCCCAAUUCAAUCUGUCAUCGGUACUGCAGAAAUUGGUUUGAACUUUGUCAGUCUUGGGAAGACCUGGGAGUGCAGCACAGAAACCUGUUCAGACUGGUGCAGCAAUUUCACAUCAGCGUAAGAAUAACUCAAGUCACCUGUGCUGGAAAUCAGUUUGCUGAAAUUAUUCAAUCAGCGAUUCUUGAAGUUGAAGAAAAGUUCUUUCUACAGGAGGUUCCAGCCUUGACAGGAAGAGUGUGGCCCUUCCUGGAAUCCCUCUGGACACACCCUCCUAGCUUCCUCUAGGAAAGAUGCGGCAGCUCAAAGGGAAGCCCAAGAAGGAAACCUCCAAGGACAAGAAGGAGCGGAAGCAAGCCAUGCAGGAGGCCCGGCAGCAGAUCACCACAGUAGUGCUGCCCACGCUGGCCGUGGUCGUGCUCUUGAUCGUGGUGUUUGUGUACGUGGCCACGCGCCCCACCAUCACUGAGUGAGCCCCGCAGCCAGCCGCGGACCCCAUCGGCAGGGAGAGGAGGCGCGGGAGGGGGACGCAAACAAAAAAUGGCUUUCAUAUUCAGAGAUGUUCAUGUUGCUGAGCUGUAAGCUGGAGCACCCUGUCUUCUCUGGUCUUUGACUUGAUUAAAGUAUCUCCGCUUUUCUUGGGAGGGAAUAGGGGAUGUUUUAUCAGUGAAUGUGCCAUACACCUUAUGGUCCACUUCAUGUGCCUUUCAGACUUCAAAGCGCGCGCGCGCCUGUGUUUCUUUUUCUCUCCUAAAAAUCAAUAAGUAGCUCCACCUGAAGAGGUGCGGAACCUCCGGGUUGGGAAGCAGCUGGAAUCCGCACUCACCUCAUUCGCAUUGUUUGGAUCAUGCCUCUUUCCAACACGUGUCACACUCUCCAAAGGGACUGUAUUUCUUCUCUGUGCUUAAUGUGAUUUGAAAUAUGUUGAAUCAAAGUGAAAUAUUUAUUUUUUGAAUAAAGGAGAUAAUAGCCUUAAACGGGA